AUGAAGAGAAAAACAAGUAUAUUAAAAGAGAGUAAUAUAAAGACAUUCAAUACUUGUUUUGAUAAUAUAGAUUUAAACUUGGCUUCUUUAAAAGAUCAAAAUUUAAAAAAUGGACCAGAAUUUUCUUUUUUUUACGAAUAUGCUCAUGAUAGGUCAAUCCUCUCUCUUUCCUUAGAUGAAAGUGGAACUUAUAUGGCAACAGCUAGUACAGACCACUCAAUACGCGUACACAAUAUAAAAAAUUUAUCAACAAUAAAAGAAUUAUAUCAUAAAAAGUGUGGUCAUUAUGAUUGGGUAAAUCAAGUGUUCUUUACUAAAAAAAAUGAAAUUCUUUCAGGUGGAUUAGAUGGAAAAAUAUGUUUAUGGAAUACUAUCUAUUUGUGUAAAAUUCCUAAAGUUAAUAAAAUUAUGAACAGUUCAGAAUACUUAGAACAACAAAAAAAAGUUGAAGAAGUAAAAUUUAAAGCUUCUAACAAUGCAAUUAUUUGUAAAGAAAUGUAUGCGCAUCAUUCUACAAUUAGUGAUAUGAAAUUUGAUAAAAAGAAUGAAAAAUGUAUCACUAGUAGUUAUGACAAAACAUUAAAACUUUUUGACAUCAAAAAAUUUCGAGAAAUGUCUAUAUACAAAGGUAGUCAUUUUUACCCAAUAACAAAAUUUUUAUGGUUACAAAACAAGAUUAUAUCUGGAGACAAAAAUGGAACGAUAUGCGUUUUUGACGUUGAAUCUUGCCAAGAAAUAUUUAAUGCGAAAUGCACACACAAUGGAAACAUAGGGGCAAUGAAUUAUUUUUAUUUAUAUAAGAAUGGUGAUGAAAAUUUCAUUAAGAAUUCUAUUUUAAAUAGAGAAAAAGAGAGAAAUUUAAAUUUACAAGGAAAUCAUUAUAAUGAAAAAAACAAUUCAAAAAAAGAUAGUGAUAAACCUAUUAUUCAAAAUAAUAUUAAUACAAUAAAUUCAGAUUAUUUAUUCGGUGAAGAAAACUGUUAUUUAAAUUUAAAUAACGAAAAAAUACCAUUAAUAGUAACAGGAGGUCAAAAUGAUGGUACAAUAAAAGUAAGAGAUUUUCGAAUUUUUCAUAAAUAUAUAAGCUGCAAAAAAAUACAUACAGCCAGCAUCAAUUGUAUUAUAACUUAUAAUUUAAAUUAUAAAACUUAUAUUAUUUCAUGUUCAGCAGAUGGUUUUUGUUAUCAAUUUGAGAUUCAAAGCAUAUGUUCAUCCAAUUUGAAUAAUUACUUGAAAAAAAUAUGUGUUAAUGAGCCAAUUUUAUCAGCAAAAUAUAUUGGAAACCACUUAGUUUUGAUUGGUUCUUCUUUUGGAAAUUUAUUUUUGUUAGAUUUUUCUGAUUGUUCAAAUAAUAAAUUAACAGAUCAACAAAAAAACUUAACUGGAAAAAAUGAUAUAAAUCAAAAUAUUAAAAAUUUUGUUGAAAAACCAAAUAUAUUAUAUGAUAAAAUUAAUAGAGAUAUAUUAUGGGCUUUUGGUACUUGUAAAAAAGGAGGAAUUAAUUGUAUAGAAUGCAUUUUUAUUUAUGAUUCUAAAAAUUUAUACACAAAUGAAUUAGAAAUUUAUAGUAUUAUAGCAGCAGGUGAUGAUGGUGUACCAAGUUUUUUAUUUAUGCCGAACUCUUUUACAUAA